AUGGCCGAACAAAAGGACGACGUACCCUUCUACCAAAAGCCCGAGUGGGCCGAUGUUGUACCCAUCCCUCAGGAUGACGGACCCAACCCCCUCGUCCCCAUCGCCUACACCCAAGAAUAUUCGACAACGAUGGGAUACUUUAGAGCGAUGUGCCGAGCACAGGAGAAGAGCGAGCGUGCAUUGGAUCUCACAAAGAUUGUAAUCGAGUUCUACCGCCAGCAGCUGUUGAAGGAGCUGAACAAGGAUCUGAAGAUCGAGCUGGAGUGGAUCGAAUGGAUGGUCGAAGAGCACCCAAAGUCCUACCAGAUUUGGCACCACCGCCAAGUUAUCGUCGGACGUAUCGCCCAAUCCCUUUUCCCCUCCAUCACCACCACCCCUUCCAGCACACCCUCAACAGCACAAUCAGCAGAAGCAGCAUUCGUAUUCAACGACCUGUCCGAGUUACAAAAGACCACCGUCCAGGACCUGGUCAAGUCCGAGCUGGAAUUCAUUGCGGAGGCGUUGAAGGAAGACACCAAGAACUAUCAUGCCUGGUCGUACCGUCAAUGGGUGCUGGCUCAUUUUGGACUAGGCCCUUGGUGGACUGGAGAGUUGGCCUAUACGGAGGAGUUGCUGAAGGAGGAUGUGAGGAAUAACUCUGCGUGGAAUCAGAGGUAUUUUGCGGUUACUAAUGGGUCUGGUGGACUUACUGAGGAGGAUGUUCAGCGGGAAGUCCAGUUUGCAAAGUCCAGCAUUGAGAAGACUCCCAGCAACGAAAGCCCAUGGGUCUACCUCACUGGGAUACUGAGAAAGGGAAACCACUCUGUGACGGAGAUCAAGGAGUUUUGCGAGGGCCUGCUGUCAGUCCCCCGUGCCAACUUUUCACCAUUCGUCCAUGCGACAUUGCUGGAUAUCUAUGAGGUUGAGGCCAAGGAACAGCGGUCAGCAGCCAGUGUUGAGAAGGCCAAGGAGGAGGCUACUAUGCUCGCCGAAAAGGUCGACAGCAUCCGGAGCAAGUACUGGAACUGGAGGAAGACACAGCUCCAGAAGAUUGAUGUUGCGGCAUAA